GCAGUGGCUCGGGGGGGCGUGGUAACGCAGCACGCUCCUCCGGGGCGUGACGUUGGCCGAGCAGCGGAGGAAUUUCAAAAUCGGCGACAUUUCGCCGAUUCCUGGCGGGCCUGGUCUCAAUGAAGCAGUCAAGCACGUGAGGGCUGUGCUACGUGGUGACAGAGCUGAGGACGAGCAGAUGCGGAAUGAGAAAGGCAGGCUCUGGUGGAAGCGCAAACAAGCACCAUGGCUAAUAAAACUCAAGACGUUGGUGGCAUCAAGUUCCCUUUUCCCUACACACCGUAUUCCAUCCAGAAAGACUUCAUGACAGAACUGUACAAAGUGUUGGAGGCCGGCAAGAUUGGGAUAUUUGAGAGUCCAACUGGCACUGGAAAAUCUUUGAGCCUUAUUUGUGGAGCCCUCUCCUGGCUUCGUGACUUUGAACAGAAGAAGCAUCAGGAAGAGGCGCGUCUCCUUGAAACUGGAACUGUUCACUUAAGUGAUGGAAAGGCCCAGCCCCCAUCUCUCUCAUCCUCCUGCCAAGUGACACCAGAUACAGUGAGGCCUGCAGGAGAGCCUGACUGGGUUACUCAGUUUGUGCAGAAGAAGGAAGAAAGGGACCUGGUGGACCGACUCAAGGAGGAGCGGGUCAGGAGGAAGAAGCGAGAAGAACGCCUCCAACAGCUCCGUCAUAACACACAGCUCAAGUACGCAGCCAAGCGCGUGAGACAGGAAGAAGAAGAAAUGGAGAGUCUCCUCCGCCUCAGCAGGGAGAUGCUGGCAGCAGGAGCAGAGACUGAGCAGCUAGAAUCUGGGGAGGAGGAGCUGGUCCUGGCCGAAUAUGAGAGUGACGAAGAGAAAAGAGCAGCUAGUGGAGUUGAUGAGGAUGAAGAUGACUUCGAGGAGGAACAUGUAACCAAGAUUUAUUACUGCAGUCGGACACACUCCCAGCUGGCCCAGUUUGUGCACGAGGUACAGAAGAGCCCCUUUGGCAAGGACACCCGACUUGUCUCACUCGGCUCUCGGCAGAACCUUUGUGUAAACGAAGACGUGAAAAAUCUGGGCUCCGUGCAGCUCGUCAAUGACCGCUGUAUGGAGAUGCAGAGAAGCAAGCACGAAAAGAAGAGCGAAGCAGAGGAAGAGAAGCCCAAGCGAAGAAGGCAGGAAGGCCAGGCUGCCUGCCCCUUCUAUAACUAUGAGCAGAUGCAGCUCCUCCGGGAUGAGGUUCUCGUGGAGGUGAAAGACAUUGAGCAGCUGGUGGCCAUGGGGAAGGAGGCACGGGCCUGUCCCUAUUACGGGAGCCGAUUUGCCAUUCCUGCAGCCCAGCUGGUGGUGCUGCCUUACCAGAUGCUGCUGCACGCGGCCACGCGGCAGGCAGCGGGCGUCCGGCUGCAGGGCCAGGUGGUCAUCAUUGAUGAGGCGCACAACCUGAUUGACGCCAUCACCAGCAUCCACAGCACGGAGCUCAGCGGUUCCCAGCUCUGCCAGGCCCAUUCCCAGCUGCUCCAGUAUAUGGAACGAUAUAGGAAGCGUUUGAAGGCCAAGAACCUGAUGUACAUCAAGCAGAUCCUGUAUUUGUUGGAGAAGUUUGUGGCUGUGCUGGGAGGGAACAUUAAGCAAAACCCCAAUACACAGAGCCUCUCACAGACAGGGACGGAACUGAAGACCAUCAACGACUUUCUCUUUCAGAGCCAGAUCGACAACAUCAACCUGUUCAAGGUGCAGCGGUACUGUGAAAAGAGCAUGGUCAGCAGAAAGCUCUUUGGCUUCACGGAACGAUACGGAGUGGUCCUUCCCCCUUCCAGGGAGCACCCCAAACUGACUGGGUUUCAGCACUUCCUGCAGAGCCUGCAGCCUGGGGUGACCGAGGCAGCUCCUUCAGCUCCUGCGGACGAGGGUGAGGCCAGGGCUCCGCGGCCUGCGUCUCCCCUGAUGCACGUCGAAGGCUUCCUUGCGGCUCUCACCACAGCCAACCAGGACGGCAGGGUCAUCCUGAGCCGCCAAGGCAGCCUCAGUCAGAGCAGCCUGAAAUUCUUGCUCCUGAAUCCAGCUGUGCACUUUACCCAGGUGGUGAAGGAAUGCCGGGCAGUGGUCAUUGCGGGGGGCACCAUGCAGCCGGUGUCUGACUUCCGGGAGCAGCUGCUGGCCUGUGCUGGGGUUGGAGCUGAGCGUGUGGUGGAGUUCUCUUGUGGUCACGUGAUCCCUCCAGACAAUAUCCUACCCCUCAUCAUCUGCAGCGGGCCCUCCAACCAGCAGCUGGAGUUCACAUACCAGAAAAGGGAGCUGCCUCAGAUGAUGGAUGAGACAGGCCGCAUUCUCUGUAACCUGUGCAACGUGGUACCUGGAGGGGUGGUGUGUUUCUUCCCCUCCUAUGAGUACCUGCGCCAGGUCUAUGCCCGCUGGGAACAGAGUGGCCUGCUGGUCCGCCUGGCUGUCAAGAAAAAGAUAUUUCAGGAACCCAAGAGAGCAAACCAGGUGGAGCAGGUACUGAUGGAAUAUUCCAAGUGCAUUAAGUGCUGUGGCCAGGCAGCAGGCACGAUGACCGGGGCCCUGCUCCUCUCUGUGGUCGGAGGAAAGAUGAGUGAGGGGAUCAACUUUUCUGACAACCUAGGCCGGUGUGUGGUCAUGGUGGGCAUGCCUUACCCCAACAUUAAGUCUCCGGAGCUGCAAGAGAAGAUGGCCUACCUGGAUCAGACCCUUCCCAGAACCCCGGGUCAGGCCCCCCCCGGGAAGGCUUUGGUGGAGAAUCUGUGCAUGAAGGCUGUCAACCAAUCUGUAGGCAGGGCCAUCAGGCACCAAAAGGAUUUUGCCAGCAUUGUUUUCCUGGACCAGCGGUAUGCCCGCCCGCCUACCCUGGCAAAGCUACCAGCCUGGAUCCGAGAUCGAGUGGAGGUCAAAGCCACCUUUGGCCCUGCUUUUGCUGCUUUGCGCAAGUUUCAUCGGGAGAAGUCUGGUCCUUCCUGACAGAUGAUGGCACACCGCCCCAGGCUGCCAGGCUCUCCCUUCACCCUGCCCACGUGAAAUGCCAUCCUAGGCCUGGUCUGCAGAGAUCCUAAGAAGGUGAAACCCAGGAUGGGAGUGUGGCGUCAUAACAACCCCCUUCUGGAAUCAGUGGGCUGCCAGGAUCCAGGCACAGAG